AUGGAGGCUGCCAUAUCCGUAGUCACGGGUGAACUAGUGAGUCGUUUCAUCUCCUUCCUCAAAAACAAGUACAACUCCUCCUUGAGCCAUGCACAAUCAGAGAAGAUGGAGGAGAGAUUGCAGCACCUCCUGAUGAGAGUCAGCAUAGUCAUCGAGGAGGCAGAUGUGCGGUACAUAACCAACUCUGGGAUGUUGUUGCAGCUCAAGAUGCUCUCAGAGGCCAUGUACAAAGGAUACCGCGUGCUGGACACCCUGAGGUUCCAAAACCACCAAGAGAGUGCAUGCUUUGACGAGGUUAGAAUCAACGACUCAUCUAGCAACAACUUGUAUUUAUCCAUUCCAUUCAAGCGUUCUCAGACAAAAACUGAGAUGGAUGACAAGGCCAUUCGCCUCGAGUCAGAUGGUGCCUUGGAAAGCUUAGAAAUUGUUGUUGCUAACAUGACAGAAUUUGUUGUGUUUCUGGGUGGAUGUGAGCGCAUGUCUCGUAGGCCAUAUGACGUUUAUCUUUACACCAACAACUUCAUGUUCAGCCGACAUGCUGAAAAGCAAAAGCUCUUGAGCUUCUUGUUGGAGCACACCGAUCUUCAUGCACCUGCAGUUCUUCCAAUCAUAGGUGGUGUUGGAGUUGGGAAGAAAACAUUGGUUGCUCAUGUGUGUGCAGACGAAAGGGUUCGCCCACAAUUCUCCUCUAUUAUGCACUUGAAUGGAGACAACCUCUUGAUGGUACUUGACAAUGGAUGGACCAUGUUUGGGAUGAUCUUGGUAGUUAUAGAGUUUGCUUCCGAUAUAGGCGACGAUGACUGGAAAAAGUUUCACUUGUUUCUCGUAAGAAUGAACAGAGGAAGCAAGAUCAUCAUCAUAAGUAAACUUAAAAGAUUAGCCCGGUUUGGAUCGGUGCAGCCUAUUUUCUUAAGUGUUUUGUUUAUGACGAGUUUAGGUAUCUUUUUAAGACCCUAG